AUCUGAUCAUAAGUAAGAUGCAAAGUUCAAUUCAGUAUUUUUCAGUCUUCUACACUACUCUGAUCAGUCAGUGUCCAGUAAUCCAUUUUGGGUCUUUGUUGAAUAUUUGUGGUGAUGAUAUCAGCGAAUGAAGGAUUAUGAAAACAUGAGGAUUACAAGUUACACUGUGGUUCUAGUGCCCCUCUCCAAGUGUCUUGACUCGACAACCAAGACAGUCAAUGUAGGGGGAAACAUGUGUUCACUGUUUCCAAAAUAGCACCUUCAGUGUCACUUCUUGUUAGCCAAUCAAAUGAGGUCCUCUCACUAAGAGUAAAGAAAGGAUAUGGAAGGUCUCAACAUUUUGUCAAGAGUUUUUAAUCACGAUGACAUCUCCAAGGUUUGCGUUAUAUCUGACUUGUCUGUGCUUGUGGAGAAUGGCUAUGGAAACUACGUCUCUGCAUCAGGAGAGUGGUUUUGUAUCUGUUAAUGUUGGCGACAGUGUGACAUUACGAUGUUUCUAUGAAGAUGAAUCUGGAGCAACAUUUUAUUGGUAUAAACAAAUACUGGGACAGAAUCCAAGGCUCAUCUCUAGCUUCUAUAAACACAACAAAAAAGGCACUUUUAAUGAUGAAUUCAUGAACAAUCAGCGCUUCACACUGGAUACUGAAAAGGGUAAAAAUCACUUGACAAUCUCAGAUUUACACAUUUCAGACUCAGCCACUUACUACUGCGCGGUUUUUUAUGCAUACAAACUUGAAUUUGCAAAGGGUAUGACUGUCAGUGUGAAGGGUUCAGGUUUGGACAUCCCAGCUUUGGUCCAUCAGUCAGCAUCUGAGACCAUCCAGCCAGGAGGCUCUGUGACUCUGAACUGCACAGUACACACUGGGACCUGUGAGGGAGAACACAGUGUUUACUGGUUCAAAAGGUCUGAAGAUUCUCCUCAAGCACUCAUUUACACCCAUGGAGGCAGGAAUGAUCAGUGUGAGAGGAGACCCAACACACAAACACACUCCUGUGUCUACAACUUGCCGAUGAAAAGCCUGAAUAUUUCUCAUGUUGGGACCUACUACUGUGCUGUUGCCUCAUGUGGACACAUACUGUUUGGAAAUGGGACCAAGCUGGACUUUGAGUAUGAGGUGAACCCUCCUGACAGCCGUCUGUACUUCUUGAGUGGUGCUUUGGUAUUCUGCACCAUCCUGGUUGUUUUCCUGACUUUCUCAGUGUACAACCUGAACAAGAGAAACAGAUGCCAAUGCACAGUGGAGUCUCAAAGAGCUUCAGUUUCUACCACAACAAAUGGAGAGGGUUACCAAGAUGCAGACAAUCUCCAUUAUGCUGCUUUAAGGGAUUACAGAGUCAGCGGGUCAAGAAGACAGAGAGACAACACUGAAACUGUAUGUGUGUACUCCAGUGUCAGGCAGUAGAUCUGGACAUGCUUCAUCUGUACUUUGUUUAUGUCUAAGGUCUAAUUUUGUUAACACCUGUUAAAAUGAAUUCCUUUUGUCCAACCAUUUGAUCAAGUUUAUGUAGCAACUCCUUCACAAUACUGUCCCUGCUGUAUUGAUCUACCAGUGCUGAAAAGCUGAAAAUAAGAGGUGAAAUCUUCAUGUUUUUGUUUUUACAUGUAGGGCGGCAUGUGGUUAGCAUUGUCGCCCAACAGCUUCCAGGUUUGAAUCUGGGACCUUCUGUGCCUGUGUGGGUUUUCUCCGGGUAUUCCAGUUUCCUCCCACAGUCCCAAAAACAUUCACAUUAGGCUAACUGGCUACUCUACAUUGCUCCUGUGUGUGACCGUGUGCAGCUGUCUGUCUGUGUAUCAGCAGGGUGUAUACUGCUUCUCGCUCGUAGUCAGCUGGGAUAGACGGAUAAGCAGUAUAGAGAAUGGAUGGAUGAACGUUUUUGUAGAUGUUGCUUUAAGAUGCAAAAAACUCUUUGACAGUUUCUCUCUUCGUCUGCAGUGAAAAGUUCAAAUUGUAUUGAAAUUGGAGAAACUAAUGUGGGUUCUGUCUUUCCGGUGCUUGAAUGAGAUUUAGGUGAGAUAAUAAUUUUAACCACUCUGACUCCAAUUUAUAAAAUGUCUACUAGGUUGAAAUUAAUCGUUAAUCAUUAUCGGUAGCAUACCUCCUAAGAAACUGUUCUGUCCAACAGAACUACGUCUGGUUAAAUGGUUCAGGGAUAGGUGAUUUAGGUAUAAAGUUAUCUGACAAGGUACGAAACGUGGGAAAUAGCCCGGGCCCUGGGUUGAGAUGUUCAGCGGUUCAGAACUAACACUCAAUCUUUUCUAUUUUCCUCAGCGGUUACUCACUAUAUAACUAUAGAGUCUAGAAACUCCAAGAAUCUCAGACUCAAGACCUCUACAGGCAUUUAGGCCCGCUAGAUAAGGUAUCUCAGCAAGGCAAUACUACAGUUUAAUGGUUAACAGUUAUUGUAACCAAUUAGACAUACAAUUAAUAAAACUAUAUUCCUAAGGUAAUCCUAAAAAAUAAUCAAACAGUGAACAGAUCCAUCAAGCAAGAUAAUAGUCAAGAAUACCACACAGCAUACCUGAAAUAGGUAUGGCUACAUGCAGAGCAUGGGAGGUCGGAAGAUAGUAGAACAACUCCAAGACCAUAUCUUUGUGUUUCCCGUAAAUAUCCAACCAGAACAAAGCACUUCGUACUUACAUGUUAAUUGGAAAUUGGCACUCUUUCUGCUUGGGUACCUUUUGGUUAUCACGGUGCAUAUCUAAAGACAAUAACAGCAGGAAGGGGAGUGACUCUCCAGAGCAGGGACAUUUCUCCCAAAGUUCAGAAAUAUCACAUAUAAACUGUCUCUAGCAUUUCUUCACUUAGACCUUUGCACUUCUCACACUGAGACGAUUAAAAUGAUAUCAAACAUGAACACAUUUUCAUCUCAUAAUACACAAGAUACAUUUCAAAUCCAACAUUUAACGAAGUCCUUUCACUUUAGUGGGCCUGGCCCAGCAGGUGGUGUUAAAGGUCUUUAAUUGAUGGAUAAUGAUUUGUUUUUUCAGCAAUACCAGUACAUUUAAAGAGCCAGAUGCAUUGGUGUGUGUGAAGGACCCUAAGGGAAAUACAUUUUAACCUGUUUUAUUAAUGUUCAUUUUACAUCUAUAAUAUAGCAUGCUGAGUUGCUGUUUGGCUCUGCUAUGAACACAGAAAUGAAACAGUCGUUUCACUGAGACCUGUUCACUUUGAACACAUUUUGUUGUGUAUCUCUUGCACUGUAGCAGCCUUUGUGGUUUUCAACAGGAUGUGGAUGUGUUUGUGCUCAUAGUGGGCAGUCAGACUGAAAACAGUCCCCUGUUACACCAGGCUGGGCUCUGCAUUUGAGGGGGUGUGCAGUUUAAGGUACAGAUGAGACAAUGAUUUACACUGCAAGAAGACCAGGAGGGAAAGAUAAAUGCAUUUAAAAUCUGUAUUACUAAAUUCUGAGCUAAUGACUCAGAGAAGCUAAGAGGCUGCCUCUGAUGUGUGUGUGUGGAUGCAUAUUCCUGUAGCUUUAGCUUGAUGUCUUCAUUAUUGUACAGUGGGAGGAAGUGGAGACUCGUGUUGUCAAUUUUAUAUAUAUUUUAUAUGUUCUGUAUGCAUAUGUUUUCGACCCACAAAAUGCAGGUUUUUAGAAAUUACCGGCUGUGUUCUUACAUCCAUGUGAUUGGCCAACAUAGCAUCUUGACUGCUGACAUUACAUUGUCUGUCAUUUGCAUAUUUCACCAAUAAUCAUAUAAAGCUGAUACAUUUAUUGGACACUUUUAUCUUAAGGCAGUAUGUGUGGAAAUAGUUCCUUGGGCUUCUUCAUUUUUUAAUGUGCAUGAGAAAAGCGUGCAUUUUCCAACCCACCCUGAUGAGUGUAUCCUUACUAGUUCAACAAGUUCAAUUGUAACAUAAAUAUACUGUAUGUCACAAGUUGUAGUUAAGUUAUCAUUAUCAAUUCUGCGUUGUAAUGUUGUGUGUUAUUUAUCAAUUGGAUGUAAAAGAUACCUUGAACUCAGUGAGGCUUUGUGAACAUGUUAACCUACUUAUGUCAGCAUUUGGUUCAAAGCACAGCUUCACACAGCUGCUAGCAUGUCUCUUAGCUGCAUUGUAUCUCUGGCAGUUCAGUGAAUAUUAUGGUUUUUCAGCAGGUUGCAAAAGUGUUUGUACUCUCACAGAGAUGCACCUUAAAGCCCUUUAGACACAUGGGAACAGUAGAGUUCUCACUAGCACUGACAACCUUCACAGGGAAAUACUGUGAAAACCACAUCAUACCCCCCUCACCUGGUUUCCAGAGUUUUAACACAAUCAGGUACAGUCUCAAAGAUCUCUGCCCCUGGCGCACAAGAAAAUAACAACAAUCUUGUUAUGAUCCAUUUCUUCCAAUUAUGGUGUGCUAAUACAGAAGUCCACAGUGUUAAAAGAUAUUUAGAUAUUUCAAGAUUUAUCAAACUGACUUUCCACACCAUGUUCAGGGUGGGUUAGUCACUGUGAAUUUCUGUGGUGCUGAAAUGCAUGCAUUUGACAUCUUUUUCCAACAAGUCAUGUCAGCUAUAGUGUUUUCAGAAGGUUUAUCUUGGGUAAUGAGGUGACAAAAUGGCUUAUCAUUGCAGCACAAAAUACAGUGUCUGUUACAGCUUGAAAUAAGCUUGCCAACAGUAUUCACUCAUCUGCCUUUACACGCAUAUGAACAUCCAAUUCUUAAUCCAUAGGGUUUAAUAUGACG